AUGUUGCCUAAUGAUUUCCACAAAAGACUAAUUGAAGAAAGUCAAAAGCAAGCAACUAUAAGCGAAGAAAUGCGAUAUGGAGUUCAUUUCGAAUAUAACGAUCUUGUCAGAAGAUUGACAAAAUUAAAAACAGAAAAGGAAAAAACAAUACCUAUUUCCAUCUCCCAGAACAAGAUAAUCAAACAGCCAAAAAUCAAUCUACUACGAACCUCCCAUUUCGUUCACAAUUUUGGAAUACUUAAUAAAGAUUCUUCUUCUCCAUUAACACCCCUCCUUUAAAUUGGAGCAAAGAUCAUUAAAAUAAGAUUUGAUUUUGUUAGGUAAAAAUAAUAAUUGCUUUAAAUAGCUUUGCUAUUCAAUUUAAUGAUGCAAUAAUCGAAAAUUAAAAACAACUUGCUCUAUUAAAGUUUUCUGUGUGUUAUACUUAUUUCCACAUUUGGAGAAAAUUAUUGCAUGCCAGACAAGAUAAGGAAUUAUUACAAGACAUUAUAGCACUUUUGAUCGAUAAUAAAUUAUCGCAACAAAAAUAAAACUGUUUUAAUUUGGAGCUGAUAUUUGUAGCAAUUUAAACAGCGGGAGUAAGAGAUUUAAGCACUUCACGACUACACUUAAAAGCUGCUCAAUCUAAAUCUCCUAUUCGAGCGAAAUUGGGCUCAACAAUUAAGCCAUUGAGUAAGAUACUUAAUGAAAAGCAUAUUGAUCUUUCUCCGAUGAGAUUUAAUUCUAGUAUUAGAUUGAGGACGAAAAAAUCAAAAAUAUUGUAA